AUGCUCUCUCAUGCCGACCUCCUGGAUGCUCGGCUCGGUGAGUUAUCAUCACUAAACUCCGGCCCUAAACUCCAGUGGAUGAAGGAUGCUGCAGACUUACUCGGACACCGAGAAGCUCUCAAAUGCCGGCUGGGAGGUGGAGUUCCAGACCAGGGGCAUCCGGGAGACAUGCCUCCUGGUUCAGACUCUGUUGAAGGAACCACUCUCCUGCCGGGUGAAGACAUCGCCACUGUAGGAUCCAACUCUGCGGGCAUGCCGGUGAACGGGAAGGAGCAGGAGAAGCAGCAGCAACAGCCGCAGCAGAACUCCGGCCAGCCCACAAGCCAGCAGAAGCAGAAGCGGCACAGGACGCGUUUCACACCGGCGCAGCUCAAUGAGCUGGAGCGAAGCUUCGCCAAAACCCACUACCCUGAUAUCUUCAUGAGGGAGGAACUGGCGCUAAGGAUCGGCCUCACCGAGUCCAGAGUUCAGGUUUGGUUCCAGAAUAGACGCGCUAAGUGGAAGAAAAGGAAGAAGACCACUAACGUUUUCCGUGCACCGGGUACCCUGCUCCCAACACCGGGCCUGCCACAGUUUUCUGCCGCUGCCGCCAUGGAGAACAGCCUGUGCUCCUUCCACGCCAACGACUCUCGCUGGGCUACGGGGAUGCCGGGGGUCUCCCAGCUGCAGCUCCCCCCCGCUCUGGGUCGCCAGCCAGGCAUGGCGCAGUCACUGUCACAGUGCAGCCUUGGUCCAGGCCCGCCACCAAACUCCAUGGGUCUCUCUAACGGCCUGUCCUCCAACGGCUCCGGUCUGCAGUCCCACCUCUACCAGACGCCUUUUCCAGGAAUGUCGGCCUCCCUCUCCGGCCCCACGAACGUAUCGGGCUCCCCACAGCUGUGUAGCUCCCCGGACAGUGACAUGUGGAGAGGAACGAGCAUCGCGUCUCUGAGGCGCAAAGCGCUGGAGCACACAGUGUCCAUGAGUUUCACUUAG